UUUUGGUAUACAACAAGAAAGUAGCUUGCUGAGUAUUGAUAAAAAGAAGCAUUGAUAUUUCAGUGCACUUAAUGUCUUUUUUCAGAAAUUGGGCACUCAUCUAAUGGAUUGGAGUGUAGUCACAGAAACAAUGGCUGAUGUUGGUUUGAGCUUUGAAAGCAACUGGCAAGAAGCAGAAGGCUCACUGGAAGGUUGCAUUGUUUUCAGAUGUAAUGAUAUUGAUGAAGCAGACCAAGAUCAAGCGAAGAGGCUGCUUUUGAGGCCUUAUGAUGAGGGAUGCGGCCCUUGCCAAAUAAAAAAAAUUUGGCAGUUAGUGAUUGUUGAAUAUCGGGUAGGUACAUUAGAUGCUGGCAAAUGGACUGUCUUUACUUUGGCCUUUUUAUUGUCUUCAAUGUUGGGUUUGGGAACUACAAUCUUAAAGAGAAGAUGCACUCAUUUGUUUUUCCUGAAAUGAAAUAAGAGGGAUGGAGUUUGUGCAAGAACUUCAUGGCUCAGUUUUCUAAAUCAGUGCCAUAUGAUUAUCUAAAUCCACGGGUAUCAUUGUUAUGCAGUCGAGUUUAUGCAGAGACAAUGCAAAGUGCACAGCAUUUAUGUACGAAGUACUGCUCAGGUGUAUGAAUUGUAUAGAAUGACAGAUCGAAUAGGUGAAAUAGAAUAUGUUUGCACUGUAUGUGGUGAGAUUGCCAUGGAGAGCUGUGAUUCUAAUCACAGGGGUAAGAGUCAAAUUUUCCAACGUAACAGUAUCAAUUCAGCUGAAGAAGAUGGAACUAAGACUCUUAAGGUACAUAACCAUUGCAAGGUUGAUGGUCAUAAUUUGGCCGGUAUUCUUGAAAAGACUAGGGAUGAAAGCCUAGAGAACCUGGUUCAGCAGGGCAUCGUUGACCUUCCCCAACACAUUACCAAAGGCAAGCACCACGAGAGUGAUGAGGAUAGUUGGGUUCAAGUAAAGUCUUCUGGUUCGCUUGAAGUAGAUUCUUCUUGUGAGAGAAGGGGUACUUCCAGACUCCAAACAUUUAAUGAAAAGAAAUAUGUUAAAGAUACAAUGAAUCAAAAACUAGAAGCAUCAGAUAAUAAGGAUUGUAGGAGGAUCCAAGUUCAGACAUUCCAUGAACCUGCUUCUAUGGAAGACAUUUAUUUUGAUAUACAGUCUAGAAAAGGAAACAUGGGAACAGUAAGCACAUCUGGAAGCUUUUUGACAGAGGAAGAUUGGGUUGUAGAGUCUGUAAAUAGUGAUAAUUCAAGAGUUCCUUUGUCUACAAAGAACAUAAGACCAAGAAGAAGAGUGUAUGAAGGAACAGUUGAGAUAGUAAAUGCUAAGCCCUGCUUGUCAGUCACAAUUAAGUUCCCAUCAGUCCAAGACAAGUCCUCUGUUGAAGUUCGAGAAGUGCGUGUUCAGGCUCGUCCUGUUGGUGGAGUCAUGGAUGAAAUCAAAUUAAUGGACUUCAGCAAUUGUUUUGGUGACUCUUUGGGAGGCUCUUUACUGGCAAUGCUUGUUCCAAGUAUUUUGGAAUCAUCAAGGGACGGUUUGAGUCAAGGACAAGAUGCAUUGUUUGACAGCCUGUUCCAUGGCAGAGAGGAAAACGAGUUUUCAGAAUGUAAGCACAGUGAGGAGUGUGAAUCAUCAGAAUGUAAGCACAGUGAGGACUGUGGAUCAUCAGAAUGUGGAAGUUCUCAGUCUGAAUCAUCACCUUCUUCUCAGUCAAUCAACAAAUAUGCAUUCAUUGAAAAAUCGUCAGUUUUGGGGGGACAACAUGCAUCUUAUGAUAGGAAUACAGGGGAAGGAUAUUUCCCUGAGCUCCUACCAUAUGAAAAUGUACAUAGCUCGGGAGGUUACCCCAAUGAAUCUGGAGGAAGCAUUGGCAAGUUUGAGAAUAUUACAUGGGGAAAGGUUCUGAAUUCUGACUAUGAUGUUGAGGGGAUAUUUGGAAAUGACGGACAUGGUGGAAUACACAGUGUUUUUUCAGAAUCGGGUGGAUUAGAAAGAGUAAAUGAACAGAUGGAACAUGGAUAUGUGGAUCUAGAAGCAGAAUCUUCUGCAGAAUGCAGCACUGGAGAAGUUGAGAGCAUAACGAAUACAGAUACAUGCACAGGUGGUCAUGAGGAAUAUCAUGGACGGGAAUUGCAAUAUCUUGUAGAGCAUGUAGGCAGGUUAGAAGCAUUGUGUGCGAGAAUUGAGGUUAAUCUUUUCAUGGCUCUGGAUAAAAUGGAAAAGAGGAUUCAGCUUUUAGAGUCACGAUAUGUGCUGCCUGACCAGUUGAAUAUAGCAGGAAUGGAUCAUAUAACCUCUAAUGCAGGCAAAAAUUCCUCACCAGGUGGCUUCUCACCCAUUUCUACUUCAGGAAUACAAAAAAGUCAAAAGAAAAAGGAUUUAUCUUUAGAUGCACCUUCUCCGUCAUCCUUCAGUUCUUCUGGUCCCUUAGCUUAUCAUGAAUUUAACAAGAAGUCUUCAUCUCCACUUAACACUAUGGGUUGCAUGUCACAUUCUUCACCUGCAAUCCUCUCAGUUAGAGAGUCGGCUGAAAUUGAAACUUCUGAUGCUAUGCUGAACAAAUCAACACCAGCUCAAUUAAAUCAGCAGGAUUUAUCAGACAGAGAGAAAACUUAUUUGCCGAAUUUCUCGAGCAAAGAUUCGCAUGGAUUGCAAUGCGAAUCUGAGGUGAUCGCUACAGGUGCAGGAAAUCCACACACAUCUGUUUGUGAGCAUACAAUUACAACAAAAAAAAACCUCUUGUUCAUUGAUGAAGCUAUAGCCUCUGAACUUGCAGCAUUUUCAGCUUCAACUCAUGAAGAAGAGACCAGCAAAUACACAGAUGUAGGAAAUAUGGUGGAGGAAAAUAUUCAUUACCAUGAUUUUCUAAAUUUUUAUUCAAGUAAGGAAUCGAGAUUUAGGACUCAGGAAGGUAUGGAAUCAGUCCUCUAUGGUUCGCCUUCCCAGCAUAGUCUGGAUUUAGGGUCUUUUCUACAUAGAGGCUAUGAAUUUGAAGACAAUAAUAAGUGUAAUUUUCUUAAUGCUAAGCAGGCCUUCAAGCCAGACAUUUAUACAGAAAGAAAUUUUCAGAAUGAAAUUGCAUCUUUGGAGUGUAAAGCUGAGCCCAGAUUGCUGAAAUGUAGAACAAACACAGCUGAGAUGAAAAAUGAUGUAAGAAAAUCUCAGCCAAACAUGGUAACAUCUGAACCAAAUUGCCAAAAGCAAUAUCAACCACUUGAACAUAGUAUAUCUUCAAAGCAAACUACAAAAGAUUGCAACCUGAGAAGAAAAAAAAAUUCGGGUGAGAUUCCACACAAGAGAACUGAAUGUGCUCCUUGCAAGAGUGCUCCCCAAAAUCCCAAAUACGGACUGUUAAGAAUCAAAACGGCACUAUGUAGCCCAAAAAAGGAAGUUAAGAAGGAUGACACUUUCAUUGGAUCAGAAGAUGCUGAAGCAAUCCAUAACGAUGCUAUGCACUUGCAUGAUUCAUCAACCUCUCACGUGAAUGCCACAUGCAAGACUAAUGAUGCUGAUCCAGCUAGAAUGUCAUUGGAAGCACUUUUGUGUGGACAUAAUCAGCAAGAUGGUAAAAGUAUGGAUUUGCGGAGAUGCACUGAAACCGAAUCUUCUUUGAAUAUCUCAGCUCCCAAACGCCCACAUGUAUUGUUUUUUAUUGAAGAUGAAAGCCUUGCAGAUUUCUCCAUACCAAAUUCUCCAAGCUCCUCAUGUGCAGUUCAUCUGAACAACUGCUCUCUUUCUGAAGGAUUGAUGACCGAAGCAUCUCCUCUCUUUGAUAACCUAUUGUGGUAGCAUAAAUAUCGUUAGAUAUCAAUUAUUACCUAUGAUUAAUUUGUUUAAAGGUAAAAUACUCUCAUCCAACCCCUGGUUGUACAUGGGAUGUAUGACACUGAUUUGAUCUGGGUUCUCUGAUUUCAAUUUCACACUCAACUAAUUGACAAAUGGCAAGACAUAUAAUAAGGGAGCAGAGUAUGGAUCUAUCUUAUAUUUCCCAUCUUACAGUACCACAUGUGACAGGAUCCGCUCAUAACAAAUGUAUAGUUCAAUAAUAAUCCAUGUUUCCAUGUGGCUGCUUAAGUGCAAUUUCUGCUUAAAAUUAAGCAGCUAAAGUGUUUCUAUGCAAAUUUUUAAUUAAGAGGAAAGGAUAAAUUGGAAUC